AUGUCACAAGAUGAAUACCUUAAAAUCUUCAUCGGUGUCCCCAAGGAAAGUCGGGCGAAGGGGACCGGGCGACAACUCCAAAGUUUUCACAUACUGCCAUCUAAUUCUGCUCGACCAUUUUUGAGACGUGGGAACACCAGUAACAGUAGCAGGCGCUACAGAAGCUCAUGGGUACAGUUACAGACGCGGGUACUACACCACAGCAUCAGUGGUAGUAGCAGGAGCAGCAGACGCGGGGACACUACAGCAGCAGAAACAGUAGCAGGAACAGCAGAAGCUCAUGAAUAUGGUUACAGGAGUGGCAGAAGCUCAUGGUUACAGUUUGCAGACGAGGGAACACUAUACAGCGGCAACAGAAGCAGGACGUGGGUACACUGCAGUAGCAGAGUAGUAGCAAGAGCCGCAGAAGCCCAUGUAGCAGAAGCAGGAGCAGAGGCAGGAGCAGAAGCAGAAGCAGAAGGAAUAGCAGGAGCAGAAGCAGUAGUAGGAGCAGAAGCAGGAGCAGAAGCAGAAGGAGAAGGAAUAGCAGGAGCAGGAGCAGAAGCAGUAGUAGGAGCAGAGGCAGGAGCAGAAGCAGGAGCAGGAGCAGAAGCAGGAGCAGAAGCAGGAGCUGGAGCAGAAGGAGAAGCAGGAGCAGGAGCAGAAGCAGAAGCAGGAGCAGAAGCAGGAGCUGGAGCAGAAGGAGAAGCAGGAGCAGGAGCAGGAGCAGAGCAGAAGCAGAAGCAGGAGCAGAAGCAUGGAGCUGGAGCAAGAAGCGGAGGAAGCAGGAGCAGGAGCAGAAGCAGGAGCAGGAGCAGGAGCAGGAGCAGGAGCAGGAGCAGGAGCAGGAGCAGGAGCAGGAGCAGGAGCAGAAGCAGAAGCAGAAGCAGGAGCUGGAGCAGGAAGAAGGAGAGCAGGAGCAGGAAGCAGAAGCAGAAGCAGGAGCAGGAGCAGGAGCAGGAGCAGGAGCAGGAGCAGGAGCAGGAGCAGAAGCAGAAGCAGGAGCAGGAGCAGAAGCAGUAG